GCUACAAGCUAAUCAGGAUCGGUCUCAAUCUUUCAUACUAUUUUCUUAACUAUGAUGGAAAGGACGAUCCUUUCUUGCUGCUUUGGCUGGAGAUAAGCCAGCUGUGGGUGCUGGAGCUGUAGGCCCGCAUAGCUGUUGGAGCUAUCUCUGACGGGAUCCAGAGUUCCAGAGCUCUCGCUCCUAGACUUUAUUGGUUAGCUCGGGUGGCUCUGGGAUGUCCAGGUUGGUCCAGGAGAAUCGGUCAUCGUCCAGCCGUUUCGGGAUACAGUGCCGGUGGUACAAUGAGUAAGGUUUUCAAAAAAAACUUUUACCCCAGCAUCCAAACUCCAGCUACUGGAUCUGGCUACACUACUGGUACCUGGUACCUUGUACACGUACGAGUACAUGUCCCGUUACCAGAACCGGCACAGCCCGAGGCGCAAAGCCAAGCAAAAAUGAGGAAGCCAAAAUAGAUGCUGCUUUGGAUAAUGCCCAGAGCCCAGAGCCAGUUUGCAUCGCAAUGGCCGGCAAGCCAAGAUGAUUGAGAUUCGAUGAUUCGAUUCGAUUCAGGAUGGAGUUGUCUGAUGGAAGUUCAUUGAAGCAAGUGCCGAAGAUAUCACCUCCAGCCUCCAGCCAGAGCUACAACUAGCUGCUGCCUAGUACGUGGUAGCAGAGACUACAACCAGGAGCUGGCCUAGUGAACUCUAUUGCAGGCACACCCUGCAACUAGUACAACUAGAUAGAUACCGGUGGUAGCAAGCCUGGAAAAGAACACUCUCGGUGGUGCUGCCGUGCUCCCCACUGCCCCAGCUACCCUGGACUUGCAGCGCCGCACUCCCCAUCCAUCCAUGAUGCCUGCACCCAUCAUCCAUGCAUCUCGAACCGGCAAAAGAGGAUGAUGUUACGGCAAAAGAUGGAUGAAAAAUAGGAUGAGGUUCACUUCUUGCUUCGGAAAGCCAUGGAUGCUCAAAGACUUGCUCAUUCAUGGAUGCUCAAAGACUUCCUUAUUCUUGGUCGCUCGUAGAAGUACAGUACGGAAUCUUAAUUCUUGCCGGGCAUGACUGGCGACAUUGCACCUUACUGAGGCUUAAUUAAUUCAUGACCAUGGGUCAUUGGUAAAGUUAAAAUUGCCGUAAAGCACAUCCAAAUGUUAAUUCUAAAGUGACCUCUCCUUUCGGAUUUAAUUAGCGCUAACGCGGCUUUACAACUGCGCGAUACCUUUGAGGGGGGGGAACGGAUUCUGAUGAAGGGAAAUAAAGAAUAGUCAUUCUUGAAGAUGAAGCGUCACUGAUGUUAAGUAAAAUAGUUACUAGAGUCUUGGUGGCCGAAUGGUUCAGCGAUGGUGACUAAGUGACCACAGUACUCAAAUCGUAGAAUUGUUUGGUGGCUUAAGUCUCGGACAUUGCGUGAUGGAUGCUUCUCUCGCACUCACUCCAAGAAUGAAAGAAGGCUUUUGCCUGGUCAGGUCAACAGGUCAACCAACAAAGCUUGGUGGUGUUUUUGGCUGGAACAACAACGACAAGUGAGGUCAAAAGUCAAGGCAAUCUCAGCAUAUCCAUCCCAAAAGUACCUUUAUGGCCGGGUUGGAAGAGAGUGUAAGCAUCUUGAUUCAUAGCAAGAAGCACCAUGACAAUACGGCACUUUUAGUGGAGACCUCAGAGAGUGGCAGCAGUAGCAGUAGUGGCGGGAGGAUGAUGGCUGGGAAGAAUGGUUCAUCAGCACCAGAAGUCCAAGACGCCACAACAACAACAACCAGCAACAGGAAUCCUCCUGGAGAACAACCCCCCAUGACUGGUAGCUGGAAUAGUCGUGGGUCAGUCGAGAAGGGAAAGCGAGAGGAAGAAAAGGAGACACUACAAGCUAACGAUGGAAACAAUUCAGGUUCCGUUGCUGUCCCAGGAAGAGCUACCGGUAGCAGAAACAGAUCCAGUAGAGGCGUGGAUUUACCAAAGGAUCCAUUAUUGGGAGAUCCCCUAAAGUACAGACUCCAUCGAAGCAAAACAGACACCAGUAUCUCCAUCACCACUACUAGUAUGGAAGACGACGUGGAGGAGGAGCAAGACAAUGGUGAAAGAGACUCUUCCAAACGAGCCAUUCUCAACACGUCCUCGUCCACAGCUCGCCGCGCCUUUUCUCUAGCAUCAACGACAUCGACUGUGGAAGGUUCUAUACGGUCCAUUAGGUCCCGGAGUAGCCUCAGUAAAGGCAGUCUGAGGAGUAUACAGGGGAAUAGCUUUCGCAAAAAGAUCAUUGUAGGGAGUUUGCCGAGGCACUCCAGGAGGAACAAGAAGCAAAAGAAACCCUUGGAAAUGACAUGGUUACGGGAUACCCUUAGCUUGAAUUCCAGUACACACAGCGACUACAUGAUCAAAAUGGAAUCCGACGAUGAAGGUGCCGGCAGUGGCUCCGAGGCCGAGUUUGGAGGCCCCAACAGUGGGCUGGGCUCGGCACUGGAUCUCGGCGCCUCGGCGGGCAGCAGUGAUACCAAAGACAGAACUACUACACGUACUAUUGGACGACGAGGAAGUAGUGGCAGUUGCGGCAGCCAUAUCCGAACCAGGUCUUCACCGGCUUGUCUAGCCUGUUUGCAGGAAGACGAGCUAGAGCCUGACAUGCCUCCACCGAGGCUCCCGUUGCCGACCAUUGCACCCAGCAUUGGUGGUAGCGACUCGGACGUUUCGUCCGUAGGAGACGAUGAAGUAGUAGUUCCGCCAGAAGAGACUUUGAUCAAGGAUACUUCACACGACGACGAGGCCCAAGAAACAGCAGCUCAUCAUGCCAACAAGACAACAGAAGAAGAACAUGACGAGCAUCAUCAGGCACCCAUCAAGUUGAUCACGGUCACCAUUCCAGUGACGGACCUUCCGCCACCGCCGCCGAGGGACUCUCCCUCGCCAAAGGGCUCACCACAGCUCUCACCACGAAGCAUUGCGGGUCGCUCCACCAAGACAGCAAGUGUUGCGAGUCGUUCCAAAGCAAGCGAUCGAUGGGGAAAGGACGACAAGUCCUCCUGUCAGCAACACAAGCGCAAUGCUCCUCCUGCGCGGGAAAAGUCGGAUGCUCCCUUUGCCAGAAGCAUGACUUCGCCGGUGCAGAAAGCGGCAGCAGACUCGCCAGUGGCGCCCUUUCGACGUACUAGCACCACCACGGUCGACGUACCCGAAAGCGCUCGUCGUCGCGCUUCAACAUCGGGACCACCCGUGAGAGACCAAAGAGGAAAGGGGCGUGAAGAUCAUGUUGCCCCAAGACGUGAAAACCUUCCUGAGAGGACUCCUGAUAGGCGCAGAAGAAAGGAUGAAUCGCCUCUUUAUCCUCGUUUGGACGGUGCUCGGCGUCAGAGCUCACCUGCUCAUCUUGAUGUGCUUCGUGCUGCGGAGCUGCCACCAGUAUCUCCUCCAGAAAACAUUCACAUUCCGUUGACCGGCCCUGAUUCAUCGCCGCCGCCCCCAACGGAACGUGGUCGAUCUCCACCGUCACCGCCACGAGAGAGGGUGAUCCCAAUAGUAGGACCUGCCGUCGACAAUGGCGAAAGGCCCCCGGUCCAUGACCGCCACCAGCCAAGACGACUGGAUCGCUCUCCACCAAGGCGCAUAUCAAGCGGGGGAUGGGCCCCUGGUUGGGAUACUGGCAGACGCAGGGACCAAUCACCGCCAAGGUGGGAACCGCCAAGAGAUCGUUCACCGCCAAGAUGGGACCGGAGGGAUCGCUCACCACCCAGGUGGGAUCCCAGGGACAGGUCUCCGCCCAGGCGAGAUCACCCUUACCACCACCGGCGCUACAGUUCUGAACCAUACGAUAGGUCCGUGUACAACAGGAAUGACUAUGAUGACAGGAUGCGCUAUGAAAGGGAACUCCCGGUCAGGCAUCCAGAGCAUUCGGAUGAUUACUACUACGACCCGCCACCGCGCGGUCUGCGAGAUUCUGGAAGGAUUCCCCCUAUGGUGCGCCGUGAUGGAGACUAUUAUCGCGACGAACCGGAGCCCUAUCGCUUCACUCCGCCAGGCCAUUCGGAAGUCUAUGUCCGAUCAAGAGAUGAUGGCAGAUCUCCCAUGGAGUACGAUCGGUCUCCACCAGCGUAUCCGGAUGAAGAACCGAGCUAUUCAGACAGGAGAGGGCCGCGGCACUCUCCGAGUGGUUACAACCGCCACGAUCGUCCCAGUGACGAUCCAGCGUAUGAUGCCUACCCUGGCUCUCCUCCAUUCCAGGGAAGAGUCCGCAACCCGCCUCGCCGUGAUGAUUCGCUCAGAGAGGACCAUCGCCGAAGAUCUCUAAACCCUCCUCCGCCCCCACCACCACCGCCACGUGAGUCUCCGCGAGGCCUGGUGCCGAGCAGUAGCACUCUAAAAUACCGUGAUCACGAAAUGUUAGACGAGAAGCUCAAGCUGAACGGCGGAAGCCUUUCCGGACGCUCAUCCGUUGGAGUUCGUGACGAACCAAUCUCGGUGGAAAUUGCACCUGGAGUUCGUGUGCCACUUCGUAGAACCCAUGAAACCAUGCGAGCGAUUGCAAAAGACUAUUACCAAGAAGCUUCCUGCUUUGGCUGCUCCAUUGACAUUUUUUGCAUUGCUGAUGUGAGUUACGUGAUCUGUCCAAAGUGCAAAAUCAUCAGCCCCGUAAGCGGUGAGUAUUUCGAAGGACGCAAGCUCAAGAGGUAUGGGUUGGGCCUCGGAUUCACCUGUGAGAGUCUCUUCAAGAUGCAAAACGAAAUCCUGCAAGAUCGCACCAAGUAUGACGAGGACAAGCAACCCAAACAGCAGGACGCCCCCAAGUUUACUUACCAGCGACGUCCACCACCACCCAGGUUGAGUCAGUACUGACUUCUUCCAAGACACAAACAUUCAUAGAACCACUAAUAAUAUAAACUGCACAAAGUAUAACCCUUGCUGGUGAUAGUAGUUUAUGGGUGAAGAAGGAAAUGAGACAAGCUCAGUUCAACUUUUGUGCGGUUGGCAGGUGGACAUCAAUGCACUCAAUCCCAAG